AUGUGCCUCCAACCCCUUUCUCCAGGGGAGGAUGCUGUCAGCCUGCUGCUCACCCAGACGGCACAGCUGAUGGCCGCAUGCUUUGAGGGGGGGGGGGGAAAGGUGGAAAACGUGAAGCUGCUGGAUCGCUACGCCAGCAGGAAGGCAGCGAGCGGGACCCUGUACCUGACAGCCACACACCUCAUCUACGUGGAUGCCUCUGCUGAAGUCAGGAAGGAAACAUGGAUCCUGCACCACCACAUCUCCAGCGUGGAGAAGCUGCCCCUGACCACAGCUGGGUACCCCCUGCUCAUCCACUGCAAGAACUUCCACGUGGCUCACUUUGUGAUUGGGCAGGAGAGGGACUGCCACGAGGUGUUCACCUCCCUGCUCAAGCUCUCCCAGCCAGUGAAACCUGAAGAACUUUAUGCUUUCUCUUACAACCCUAAAAUGUCCAAAGAGAGCCGGGAGAUGGGCUGGAAGCUGAUUGAUCUGAAACUGGAUUACCAGCGCAUGGGGAUCCCCAACGACUCCUGGGAGAUAACAGAUAUUAACAAGGACUAUGAGGUUUGCAGCACAUACCCUCCUGAGAUCGUGGUGCCUCGAGCUGCCACCAAGGCCGUGGUGAUGGGAAGUUCAAGGUUCAGGAGCCGAGGGCGGAUUCCGGUGCUUUCUUACUUGUACAAGGAAAACAAUGCCGCCCUGUGCCGCUGCAGCCAGCCCCUGGCCGGGUUCAGCGCGCGCUGCCUGGAGGAUGAGCAGAUGCUCCAGGCCAUCCGAGAGGCCAACCCCGGCUGCCCCUUCAUGUAUGUUGUAGACACGAGGCCAAAGUUGAAUGCCAUGGCCAACAGAGCUGCUGGGAAGGGCUAUGAGAAUGAAGAUAAUUAUGAAAACAUUCGUUUUAAAUUCAUUGGCAUAGAGAACAUCCAUGUGAUGAGGAGCAGCCUGCAGAAACUGCUGGAAGUGUGUGAGAUGAAGUCCCCCUCCAUGAGCGAUUUCCUGACGGGGCUGGAGAACUCGGGCUGGUUACGGCACAUCAAGGCUGUCAUGGAUGCAGGUGUCUUCCUGGCCAAGGCUGUGAGGGAGGAGAGGGCCAGCGUGCUGGUGCACUGCUCCGACGGCUGGGACCGCACAGCCCAGGUCUGCUCCCUGGCCAGCCUCCUCCUGGACCCCUUCUACAGGACCUUCAAAGGCUUCAUGGUCCUGAUAGAAAAGGAGUGGAUUGCAAUGGGCCACAAGUUCUCACACAGGUGUGGUCACCUGGAUGGGGACCCCAAGGAGGUGUCCCCUGUGUUCACACAGUUUGUGGAGUGUGUGUGGCAGCUGAUGCAGCAGUUCCCCUGCUCCUUCGAGUUCAGCGAGCGCUUCCUGCUGGAGAUCCAUGACCACGUCUACUCCUGCCAGUUUGGCAACUUCCUGGGCACCUGCCACAGGGAGAGGGAGGAGCUCAGAAUCUUUGAGAAGACCCAUUCCCUGUGGCCUUUCCUCUUGCAGAGGAAGCAGGAGUUGAGAAAUCCUUUGUACAGAGGAUUUACAGCUUACAAAGAGCUUCAACCAAACACUCUACCUUUCAGUUUCCAGUUCUGGUGUGGGAUGUACAACCGCUUUGACAAGGGCAUGCACCCCAAGCAGAGCGUGCUGGAGCAGCUGCUGAGCUGCCUGAGCCACAGCGUCAGCCUGGAGGACAGCGCAGCCCAGCUGGAAAACAAACUCCCUAUCCUGGACGGCCCCUUGCCCAGCAAAGGCUGCACCUCACCCAAGGCAGGAGCUGCUGCUGCCAAAGCCCCAACUCCUCCUCAGGACUGUGCAGAGGGAGCAGCCCCUGUGCUGAGCAAUGGCCCCUCCCUGGGGCAGCAGAAGCACAAGGAGAGCCCAGCCCAGCCCCAGGAUCUCGGAGCCUCCAGGGAGGAUGGGCAGGCUCAGCACCAGGGAUGA